AUGUUCUCGUUCUUAUACGAUUCUUUUGAAGAAAUAACUCCGGAAGGAAAAAGUAGUUACAAGAAAAGAUAUGUUUAUGAUGUGAGUUGUUUUUCAAAUGUCACAAGCAAUUAUUUUGUUUUCAGACAAUUUCAGAAGAUUGUGAAACAUUAUUGGAAAGAUGGGAUGAUAUUCCAGUCGAGGUAAAAGUGAUUGUCCUCAAAAAUUUGGACCAAGAAACAUUGGUAAACUACAUGAUGUCUGGACAAACAAGCUUCUAUAUUGGAUUGAAAGUUCCAAUGGCAUUUGAAAUCUUGCGAAUGGAAAGUGAUUUCGAACCAGUUAGAAUAAAAUGCGAAAAUAAAGUUAAUUUCAAAUUCUUCGCUGGAAAAGAGCAUUGUCUUGUUGCAUGGUUAGUUUAACAAACUACUUACUCAUAAGAAUAUUUUUUUUAGUGAAAAACGUUCAAAAUCCAAUAAAACCCGCGACAUCUUCUAUCUCAAAUCAGAAAUCAUUUUGGGAACAACAAAUCAUCAUGCUGAAGCCAGAAAUGCCUUAAACGAAAUUGUGAAAAACAACACGAAAAGAAUCAAGAAAUUGAUUCUUCGCUCACCAUGGCCUUUUGAUAAAUCCUUGUGUCCAUCAGUUUAUGAAAAAAUCGAGGAAAUUGUUUUCGAAGUUGGAUGUGGUGGAUUUGCUGAAUGGUGUAGAAAAAAUCCAGUUUUUCUUUUGACUGACAGAACUUAUCGAUUUGAUUAUAAAGAUAUUGUUGUCAGUUACGAUGGAACUGACAGAAGAUUAUAUUCCAGUACUUCGAGUGUUCCUUCGGUGACCAAUGAUUUGUUCGAAAUUCCACAGGUAAGUAAUAAAUAUUUCAUCACUUAUGUUGCGAAAUUGUUGCGUGUUACUUAGUUUCUGAGAUCUAUGAUAAUUCCAGUUCUAUGGUCCCAAAAAAUUGGCGGUUUUACAAAAACAUUCAAUCAAUGAUCAACAUUUUUCCCAAAUGCACCGCCUUAUUGCAAUUCGUCUUGAUCACGUCGAAAAUAUCACUGCUAGCGGAAUUAAUCAAUUUUUGAAAAAUUGGCAAAAUGAAGCUUGUGACACUUUGGAGAGUUGUGUUUUGCGAAUGCAAAAGGAUUUCUCGAUUGAAGAGAUUUUGCAAGGAUUGACUCCUCGUCAUCUUACAAAAGAUGAAAUGGCAAGGUUCGUUUUAUUUUAAUUGAAUUUGAAUAUAAAUCAAUAAUUAAUUUCAGAGUUGGAUUCACCCCCAGAUUCAAUGAAGAAUUCAAAAGCGAAAAUAAUGAGGAAUUGGCUUCUGCUUACAUUUCUCAUUGUAGCUCAGAAAGAAAAGUCAGUAAAAUUCAAAUCAUUUAUAAAUCAAUUAAAAAAUUAAAAUUCUUUCAGAGAAAAGGCUUGAUCAUUGGAUUUUCUGGAAGAAAUAUCAAAGUUUGGAAAAACGGAACUUAUAAAAAAUAUUUUUAA